UUCCACUCCCCAGCCGGUCGGUGGCGGCGGGACCACAACCGCUGUGCAGACCCCCGAGAGCUGGAGAUUGCGAACGCACCUUCCCUGCGCCCGAGAGCCGCUGUGCCUCCGCCGCUGCAACUCCACUCGCCCAGCUUCCCAGCCUCGCCAGCUCUCUCGCGUGUCUGCUAUCGGGACCGAGGUUCCCAGGCUGCACCAAGCACCCUGCAACUCCGGCACCUCUCUCGGAAAAGACACCGAGAUGGACGGGCCUGGGACUGUGCACCGCCCGCUCCCCUCUCCCAGUUCUGAAAUUCCCCGCCGCGGGCGUCCCGGGGCGGGGGGGCGGGCCGGGCUCCAGGCCUCCGUGAGGUCACCGAGCGCGGGAGCCAAUCCCGGGUGUCUAAGUAGGCGGGGCCCCCGUCGGGUCCAGAGAACCGAACCCGAGAGAGAGAGGAUGGGGCCCCCAAGGGUUUAGGGGGGAGGGGAAAAGCCAUGGGGGCACCCCCCCGAACCCCUUUUCCAGGAGCGCGGUCUCCGCUGGAGGCGACACACAGAGACAUUUUCCCGGGGAUCUUAAGUGUGGGGGCGGUCAACUGGGGGGCUCGCCCGAACCCAACGCCCGAGGCUCGGAAAAGAGUUGACGGAGGGAGCGGACGACGUGCUGGGCCAUGGCCUAGGCCCUACGGCCCGGGCCCCGGCCGCAAUGACCUCUUUGCCCUGCCCCCUCCUCGGCCGGGACGCCUCCAGAGCAACCUUCCCAGACCUCGCCCCCGCCCGGUCGGUAGUGGCUGCCUAUCCGCUUGGCCUGCCCUCAGCAACCGCAGCCGCCUCCGAUUUGUCCUACCCUGGGCCGUAUGGCCACCUCCUGCCCUACCCCUACACCGGCCCAGCGACCCCCGGAGACUCCUACCUGCCCUGCCAGCAAGCCGCGGCGCCCUCUCAGCCCCUACGCGGCACCGCCGGGCACCCGCAAGAGCGGGAGGCAGACUUGGAGAAGCUGCAGCUGUCUCCAGAGCCCUCGGAGCGGCGCCCGCAGGUCCCAGCCAAGAAGCUGCGCAAGCCAAGGACCAUCUACUCCAGCCUGCAGCUGCAGCACCUGAACCAGCGUUUCCAGCACACGCAGUACCUGGCGCUGCCCGAGAGGGCUCAGCUGGCCGCACAGCUCGGCCUCACCCAAACUCAGGUAAAGAUCUGGUUUCAGAACAAGCGCUCCAAAUACAAGAAACUCCUGAAGCAAAACUCUGGGGGACAGGAAGGAGACUUUGCCGCGGGACCCUCCCCCCUGUCUCCUUGUUCCCCACCCCUUUCAUCCCUGUGGGAUCUACCCAAGGCAGGGGCACUGCCUACCGGUGGCUAUGGCAACAGCUUUGGAGCCUGGUAUCAGCAUCACUCCCCAGAUGUCCUGGCUACGCCUCAGAUGAUGUGACUCUGGGAAGGGCCGGUCAGUCCCAGCCCUCCUACGAAGCCCUUCUGGGCUGGGAGGGAACCAGCUCCAGAUGGAUUUUCUGGGGAGGACAAGGAGCUAAAGGAGAAAAAUUGACGGGGUGGAGUCCUAUUCCACUUACCCCUAAGCCAAAGAGCUAAAUCAAAGACUUUGACCUUAACCACUGCCCUCCACCACCACCAUGGACUGGACAGCCUCUCUCCAACUAAACAAAGGCUCUGGAGAGAGAGAGUCCUUGGUUGGAGUUUAAACUCCUCCCAGGACCCGUAGCCUUGCCACCCCCCUGAAAGGACUGCAGCCUACCAGAGCCUGGAAUCAAAACCAGGAAGAAACCUUCAGUAUUUUUUCUCUAUAUAUGCUUCAGGUGAGCUGGGCGGGGGUUGAGCAAGGCCAACCCAUUUGUGAGCAGAAGCUGAAGGAAGCAUCCGGAAUCUUCAAAGUUGACCAGUAUUGGGUCUCAUCCACCAAUUUUUCCUAAGGAUUAGCACAUUACUCCUAUAACUGAUACACCCUAUUCACCAUCCUGUGAGGUAGACAGGAUGUGAGAAAUGUGGCAAUAUGGACCUAUGGGUAAUUUAUGUUCCCCUCCUAAAACAGCCCUCUUUUCCAUAUGUGUAUCUACUUUGAGUAGAUGGUGGAUCCAGUUACUCAUACAAUUCAAUGGUGUUUGAGAGCUUAUUCCCUCCUAUUCCCCACCCCUAAUACUUAACCAAAAAAACCCUGGUAGUGCAAUGGUUAAGUGCUCUGCUGCCAACUAAAAGGGCAGUGGUUUGAACCUACCAGCUGCUGCACAGGAGAAGAGACCUGGCAAUCAGCUCCUAUGAAGAUUGUAGCCGAGGAAACUCUGUGGGGCAGUUCUACUCUGUAGCAUAGGGUUGCUAUGAGUCAGAAUCGACUCAACAGCACACAACAACAACAAUAUUUAACAAACCCACAUGCACACACAUUCCAGAACCCAGUAGGGUAACCUUAGAGGAAGUGGAGAUGAACAAGCUCUCUGGAUAAGUGCAGGUAUAGACACCACCAGAUGGUUGGGGGUAGCCCUGGCAAUUUAGCUCCUCACAACUGUCUGGGGCCAAAGGAACAAACAGUUUGUAUUUAUAAACGUUCCUAGGGCCUGAGGGCUUUGGUUUGAUGCCCUCCAGCCAAUCUGACUAGUAUCCUCUGAACUUUCACAAUCCCCCACACCAUGAACUUCCAAAGAUUAAAGUUUGUA